AGGCUAGGGGUGGAAUAUCUGAGGCGACUCAACGUUUGUCUGCGUGCGUUUCAGACAAGAAAAAAAUGGAAGAUUGUUGCCGACCCUUGAUCCAAGAAAUUGGCCGCCGUGAGAAGAGAAGUAGUAGACCCCUUAUUGUUGCCGACCCUUGCUCCAAGAAGCUCAGGAGGGGUUAUGAGCUUGUUGAAGAGUCCAUUGUAGAGGCUGAAGAGCAGAUUGCAGAGAUUGAUAAAGAGUCGUCCAUGGUAGAUACUGAUGAUGAGUCAGAGACUGAUGAAGAGCUGCCUAAGAUCCAUUUCCCAAUGCUUGAUGAAAAGGAGGACGAGCGUAUUCUUCGAAGAAUGAAUGAGAGGCUUACAUUGGAGCGAGGUCUAAAGUGGGCUGUUUAUAGAUUCAUGGUAGGCAAUGAUGACAAGGAGAAGUUUAGGUCACUAGUAGAAUCCUUAAAGAAUGAUUAUAAUGAGGAGAAGAACUCACUGAUAGCAUUUUUUGAGGGUCCCCCCACAUUUGUUAUGGUGGCUGUGGAGGCAAACACACUGGACACAAAGUCUGUUGUUGGCAUUAGUGAAAUUGUUAACCAAUUUUAUGGCAUUCCAGACGUUUCUCAAACUUCAAAUCAAGACAAGGUCAAAGCGCGGCUGCUUUUUUUUGAGUUAGAAGUAUUAUAUCUUCUAAACCGCCAAAAGAUUCAAAGGCUUGUUGUUGCCCAACAUUGCAAUAUCAAUAUCUAUACUUCAGGUUAUCCAUCAUGUGAUAAGGGUCAGGAAGAUAUGAUUGUUGAUGUAGAAGGCAAGCAUCGUGACGUAUGUAGGGUACUCGUGGCAAUGCUUUCUUGUGUUUAUGAAGAGUUCCAAUAUCCCAAAAGUCUCAUACAAUCCAUGGAAAUGAGAAUGCGCAACCUCCCAUCUACUGGAUUAACUCAUAAAUUGUAUGUCUAUGGAAGAAAGCAAAAGAUUAUGGCGUCAUAUGAAGAUGGAAAAGAGAUGAUGUCUCUAGAUUAUCUUUUCCUCAGCAAGCCAUUCCUUCUUGUGUUUCUUCCACUGGAUCAUGCCGAUCUCUUGACUCGUGAAGAAGGCAAGUUUAUAAACAAUAUCCGUGGCCCAUCGGAUUCUGAAUUUGAAGUCCGGCUAACAGACUACGGAAGCGGAUCUGUGAAGCUCAUCAUUUUUGGGAAGUCUGCAGGUGUAACUACAGAUGCAAUGAAGACGUUUGUGAAAAAGCUAAGAGAACUGGGAGAUAUGGGGGAUGCUCAAGCGUUUGACUUGGCUAAGGUUCUGGAAAACCGGCAGUUUAAUGGCAGCGGUGGAGGUUAUUUUGUCGGCAUGUGGCUUUCAGACGAUGAGGAUGAUGAGUAUAUAUGAUUAUGUGUGAUGCCUCUUUACAUAAUUAUUUGGCAAGCAGUUUUUUUUUGUUAAUAUUAUGAUGUCGCUCUUACUCUAAGAUGACGGUUUGAUAUAACAAUUGGUUUGGGGACCAUUGUGUGUGCCUGUGCAAAGAGGUUCAAGGCACAUAUAUUUUGAUCCAAGCUUGGCUUUGGCACUGCGAAUCUGUUUUGAAAAAGAUUCCCAAACUGUGGCAAAGCUUAUAUUUAAUGACUACUCUCUUUUUUGUUCUGUUCUGGCUGGUUAAAG